AUGGCCGCCGCGAAGGAACUCGAGAUUGUCACCAGCCAGAGUGUGCCUGGCACUCCCGGCGCCCACGAAGAGCACUUGCCGACCGAGGAAGAGGCGGACGCGCAGGCCGCUGCCAUCGCCGUCCCGGAAGACACCGGCGAGGGAGGCAAACUCAAGAUGAUUGUAACACUAGUCAAACGUUGCUUCGGUGUCAAGGAUAUUGCUUCAAUGCGCCUUUCGCUCCCUGCCUCGCUUCUUGAGCCCAUUCCUAAUCUAGAGUACUGGCAUUACUUGGACAGGCCCGACCUCUUUGCGGCCAUCAAUGAUUCCCCAGACGCCUUCGAGCGCAUGCUCGCCGUUCUCCGCUUUACACUAUCAAAGGACUUGCGCCACAUCCGCGGCAAACCCAUCAAGCCAUACAACUCCGUACUUGGCGAACACUUCCGCUCGCACUGGGACGUGCCACCACCAUCGUACUCCAGCAACCCGGCACAUCCCCCGAUAUUGCAUGUGCACACUACCACACCAGCUGCAUCGGCCCCGGCUUCGCCGGUCAUUCCACCGCAUUCCGCCACAGGUACAUCAACGCCAACAGCUGGCCGUACAUCACGCUUCGGUGGCAUGCUGUCGAUGCGGAAUUGGUCUACUCCGACGGUCGAAGCUCGCGGAUCGCCAGUCGAGUCCAUCCCAUCAGCUCAGGUCUCGAAGCUCUCGCUUGUCUCAGCGCGCUCGACAUCCUCUACGGCCCCACCCGCAUCUGCUCUGGAGCCCGUACGGAUUGCUUUCCUGACGGAGCAGGUCUCGCAUCACCCGCCCGUAUCCGCGUUCAUGGCUGAAUGCCCAGCGAAGGCGAUCACACUAUCCGGUGUCGACCAGAUCGCGGCCAAGGUCACAAGUACGAUGAACGUCCGUAUUGGCCCUGGACCGCUCAAUAAAGGCGUGUUCAUCAACAUCGGCGAGGCGGCCGAACAUGGGGCUGGAGAGCAGUACCACAUAACGCACCCGUCCGCAGUCGUCAACGGUCUACUCCGUGGGAAUCUGUGGGUCAGCAUGUGCGAGAGCACGGUUGUCAAGUGUUCGGGCGGCGCAGGUGCGACACAACUGCGCGCUGUCCUGGAGUACAAGGAAGAGGGUUGGCUCGGCAAGGCGCAGUAUGCUGUGGAGGGCGUGGUCUUCACCUACUCGGAAGACGAAGACGCGACGGUGUCGGAAUGGACGAAAGUCAAGCACGUCCCGCGUGAACGCGUUAUAGCCGAGCUCGAGGGCAGCUGGCGCGGCGUUCUCCGCUGGCGACGCGUCAACUCGCCUGCCGCCUCCAACUCGUCGACAUCCUCAGGCGUGAGCUCUUCGCCGAAUGGAGACUGGCACACCCUCAUCGAUCUGGGUGCGCUCGAUGCUGUCCCAAUGACGGUGCGCCCGCUCGAGGCGCAGCUCCCCAACGAGAGCAGAAGGCUGUGGCAGCCGCUUACCCAGCGCUUACUCGCGAAGGAGUACUCGGAUGCGACCAAGGCGAAGAUUGCGAUUGAGCAGAAACAGCGAGACGAUGCGGCCGCACGUAAGGCCAAGGGUAUCACAUUCGUACCAGCGUACUUCGAUGCGGACUAUUCGUCCGGUAGACCGCAAUUGACUGCCGAGGGUCGCAAGGCGCUCGAUGAGGAGCUCAAGAACCAGGACAAGGAUGCUGCGCAGGCGCAGGCAUAG